AUGCCAAAGACGUACCGACAUUUACAACCCAUUGAGGAGGAAGAGCCUCUCACAAUCGGUGGCGAUGUUGCGGACGAAAAGCUGGUGUGGAGGGCGCCGAAGAAGUCUAUAGUUGACAGGCUGGAGAGACUAAGUCCACACUGGGCUUGGUUUGCGCACGCUGUAUUGUUGUCGAUAUCCCUGACAUUUUUUGCGCUCUCCUUCUGUGUAAGGUCAGCAAAGCAUGGGGGAGUUGACAGGUUACCAGACACAUAUUCGCCGGCACUGGACGCUAUCAAGUAUGAAAUACAGCACUUUGACCUACCGCCCAUGGCAGAAGGUCCAUUCAUUGGGAAAGGUGACAAAGUAGACGCGAUGUGGGAAUAUAUCACCGAUGGCAUCCCGGACACAAUGAUCAGCCGCGAAGAAAUGAUCAAAAUGGGUCUAGAUCCGAAAGGAGCUCUCGAAAUCACCGAUCCGCGAACGGGCAAGCGCGGCUACCGCGUUGCCGUGGAAGUCUUCCAUCAACUGCACUGCUUGAACUUGCUGCGGCAAAACAAUUACAAGUCAUAUUAUAAACCAAUGGGAGGAGACACGGCUGACGAGGCUCCUGACCUGUCGGGUCACAUCGACCACUGCAUCGAUGCACUGCGGCAGUUUGUGAUGUGCCAGGGCGAUGUGAAUGUGUUUGCAUUCAGGUUUCCAUUUGAGGAUAACGAUCCUUGGCCAGACUACACGACACCUCAUGUUUGCAGGAACUUCGAGAGCCUUAGGACCUGGGCGAUUGAACAUGGUGUGCCAAAGACGCCUGGGGAGCCGGAUCACUGA